ACAAUAUGUUUCGUUACGAUGGUGCUUACGUAAGCCAAGCAAAACCUACGUAUCCAAUUGAUGAUCUCACGAAAGCCUACGGGUACGGUUGGUUUAUAUCUUCAUACAGAGAUUUUCGAAGGAUCUGGCACAGUGGUGGACUGUUUUCAUACGUUUCUUUAAUCUGGCUGUAUCCGGAUGAGCAGAUUGGAGUGUUUGCUAAUGUUGAUGGUCCGGGAACAGUUGCAUCUCCGACCUAUGCUUUAAGAACUAUAUUAUCAUAUGUGUCGGACAUUCUACUCGGACAAACGCCGUGGCUGGAUUUUGAAACAGCAUGUUCUUUGUGAACAACACUCAAUAUUCUGGUCCGGAGACGAUUAACUACACGAACGAUAGAAUUGAUGACUUUAUAGGGACAUAUGGUAACGUGCUCCUUCCGGAUAAAGCUUUAUCUGUAAAGGAACGUGACCAAGAUGAUAGAUACCUUUGGCUAGAAAAGAAUCGCAUCAAAGGCGAGCUCCUUCCUACAGCUAAGGUGAACGACUUUCAGUUUAAAAU